CCUUAAAUCAUGAACAAGAAUAUUUGAGACAUGAUAUUUCAAUUUGAAAAUAAAAAUUAUCUUAAUCACUUUUAAAAUAAGACAAAUUAUAAAACAAUUAUCGAAAUUUCAUGCAUACAAAUUCCAUAUAAUUGAAAACACAUCAAUCAUAAAUGAAAUUAUAUUUGCAUUCUCUUUUUCUAGAACAUUAAAUCAUCUUAAUAAAGAACAUUAAGUCGAUAAAUUUCAUAACUCUAAAUAGCAAACUAAUUUUCACUUUUAUAGACGAAAUCAAUGUAACGAUUACUAAUUACUCACAUCAUUUUGUUUCUAAUACAAAAUCAUACAUUGAAGAAGUCACAAAUGCACAAACAAACUUUUCUACUCUGGUGUGUGAGAGAUUCCUUUUUCCAUCGAAGUCGUUUAGUUAAAAGCAAUUCUACCUGAUUCGUGUUCUCGCCUUCGACCUCCUUCACCUCAUCCUGCAUUACUUGCACUCAAAAAUUUAUCAGUAUUGACAAACCCAAAAGAAUAUUAAAUGUCGAAUUUCAUAUCAAUUGCAGGAGUAAAAAGCAUACUAUAUUUCCUCAUACUAGAUUAUGAAUGAUCUAAUCUAUUUUAAAUUUCAAAAUCACAUUACAUCUUUAAAUUGCACAUUAUUAAAUAAAAUGAUUCGUGACAUGAGGGCAUCAUUUAUUAUUGAUUGAGAUUGUCUUAUUGUAUUGUGUAUAAUAAUAAUAAUAAUUAUACUGAUAACUUAACAAUAAUGUUAUUGAUUAUAGGGUUUUCCAAAUAUUUUUUGCUAAUAUAAAGCUCGACUAGAAAAGAUGUAAUAGCAAUGGGUUGAAUAAACACAUAUGGGAUGUCAGUGACAAAUGUGACUUGAGAGAAGCUUCUGGGAAAAAAAUGUGUUUAAUUGUAUAAGUAAAUGAAUUUAUUAAUGCCAUAUUUUGAUAUAUGAUCUUGGAUCGUACACUUGUUUUUCACAUCUUGAGACGAUUUUAUGGUUAAGGGACUCUUUUCCUUUGGAAUGAUCAUUGGUAAAUUGGAAUUGGAGAUAUUCAGGAGUGCUGCUGUAGAAUCCUUAGCUAUUGGUAAAGAGGUGUUUUUUAUUGAUAAGUGUUUGGUCCUCAAACAACCUAUGAUCUUCAAUUUCAUUCUCAGCAGUGGCAGAGCUAACUUUCAGUACAUUGAUUGUAUUCCUUGAUGGUUUUGGCUUGUACUUUGUAAAGAAAAUCAUGAAGUUGUUAUCCUCAGUAAGUUUGCUGCAAGAAAGUAAGCUUAUACAUUAUUUAAGUAAACUCAAAGAGAAAUAUUGCAGCUGACCAACUGCAGUCAAAGCCAUCAUCAGCUGAGGUAAGCCCACAGGCAAAGUAUCUCCCUUGUUUCACUUCAAAGAGUAAAAUAUCUUCCCAUAAGUCCUACGGAAUUUCUCUAGGCCUUGUCUUUGCAUUCAUUGUUCAGUUCCAGGAGAAGCUAUAGAAAUGGGGCAUAUUCAAGCCCACGUUGCCUCUCUGCUCUUCUUAUUCUAUACCUCUUUUGCCUCCACUGUUUUGAUUUUAGAUUUGUAUGUGAUACCAUAUAAACUUGGCAGGUUGGCUGUGCCAAUGAUAAGUGUUGGGAAUUUGACACGGGGAGGGAAUGGAAAGACACCCAUGACCAAGUUCCUUGGUUUGCACUUUGUAGAAGUUGGGAUUUCUCCUCUAAUUCUCAAGAGGAAACAUCAAGGCAGGAGAGGUGGUUGUUGCAGAGCGGGCUGUGGCCUUUAUGCCACGUGCACACUAUCAUUCAGCAAUUUGUCAUUCUUGCUGUUGUGAUUUCGUCAAAAACUCUGAUGGAGUUAAAUGCAGCUCAUGUCAGAAUGUAGUUCACUGUAAGACAUGUGAAGAGAAGGCAUUGCCGCAGCAUAGAAAGUGGUGUUCAGUUUACAAAGAGAUUAAUAGGAUAGCCAAAGAAUCUGAUUGUGAUCAAGAUCUAGUGCAUUUUGUGCUGUCACUUUUUUCAAAGAAAUACUCAGAUCCAGGCAACAAUAGAAAGGUAGUUGGAGUUGAAAGCAUCAAUGUUGGAGGUAAGGUAGAAGAUGGCAUCAUUAACUCAUGUUUUCAGGAUGCAUUAGGCCUGCAAACCCAUCAAAGCAAAAUGCCAAAAGCAUGGAGGAAUUCUGUACAAAAAGCUUGUCAAGCUCUGCAAAUAGUGAUCAUGAACGAGUGUGAAGGUGACUUGGACUGCAGUGUAGGGGAACUUGAGUGGUUGGCUGCUUUGGUCAAUACAAAUGCUCAUGGAAUGGGUGCUCAGGGACUUCGGAACACUGAUGUUGCUCUUGGUAUUUUUCCAUUUGUGUCCAUGUUAAACCAUUCAUGCAGGCCUAAUUGCUGCUUUGCUUCUGAAGGAAAUGUAAUGUUUGUCAGAGCAAUCCAAGAUAUUUCAACAGAUAACGAGCUUUGUGUCUCGUAUAUUAAUUUGUAUGAGCCCAGGAGCACUCGAAAGCAUGAACUUUCAGUGACAAAACAUUUUGAUUGCAAUUGUCAACGCUGCAUGGAACCAUUGGAAUCAUCUCUUGAUCGCUUCUUGGAGGGUUGUAUGUGCAAUGUCAAAGGCUGUGAUGGUCUUUUACUGAAAAGAAGUUCCCUCGAUGGUCAUGUUUCGGGGGAUGGCGAGUUAACACCAUGGAUAUGUGAUACAUGUUCACGUGUUCUGGAUCCGAUGUCUUUUGAUGCCGAAGGAAAACAAAUUGCUGAAACACCUUGGGUUCUGGUGGGUAAAGCUGAAGAGCAGAUGGCAAUUGCUAUGUCUGCAUGCAGGGAGAGACACUUAAAGGAUGCACGUGCACUUCUUGAGAAGUUUAAUGUGGAUUUCAGUGGAAAAUUGCAUCAUCUACACGUGCUUCUAUUUGAUUCCUUGACCCCAUUGAUGAAUUGUCACCGGGCAGUAGGGGAUGCAGAAGGUGGAGUAAGAGUAUGUCGAAGAAUUUUGAGUUGUUUGGAAAAGGUGUUACCUAAUUCUUCCUUGGAACUUGCCAACUUCUACUUCUGCUUGGGGGAGAUGUGUUUUGAACGUGCAGAAGCAUCUGAUAUAUCACCAGUUUUAGCUAAGCAUUUCAAGAAACAGGCCCAUGAAGCUUUUCAGCAUGUGCGACAAAUACGGAAGAUUUGCUUAGGGAAGUCAGAUCUUCCAAACUAAUAGAGCAAUAAUGGUGAUCAUGUACUAAUGCAAAUAGUUCGAUCUUAUAUUGGUUUGGGUGUGUGCCAUCCCAGACUGUAUUUUUACAGGUUCUGAAUAAGUUUGCAUUUCAUUAGCAUUUUGUUGGAUAUCCUUCAUAACUGAAUAUUUUUUGCUUCUAUAAGUGGUCAAUCAGAAGAUUCUGUCUUUUUAUGUUGGUUUGAUAAUUAUUGCUAUCCCAAAGAGUAUAUUUCUGGGAGAAAGUAGUUUUGACAGGAUUAUGUGAAAGAUUAUCAUUGCAAGAUAUCUGAAGCAAUCAACUUAUAGCCAUUCCUAAUUAAAGCUGCCAUACAAUGGUGGACAAAAAAUUUAUCUUACAAUUUUAUGUAUAUUCAAAGUGAUUAUAUAUU